AUGCCUCUGCUGACAAUUCCACAGCCCCGUUUGCAAACGGGUUUCUUCACUAUAUCGCCUGCGAGUGGAUCGAUACCGCCGGGCGGCACACAAACGAUCAAUAUCGAUUGUUCAGCUGAAUCUCAGGGAACGUCUCAAGAGGUUAAUCUGACCUUGGUGGACGCGGACCAUGUAUUCUACCUGGAACCUGAAAAAGAAAACGAUGCUCUUCUUUUCAUCGAUCCAGAUUCCCUGCUUCCAGGAUGCUCUGCAGAAGUGGAAUACAGUUGCUUACCUUCUGCCGCUCAUGAGGCUUCAGCGAUCCAAAUGUACACCGCCAGCAUUCUGAUUCGGCCGGGUAGAGAGUAUCUGUUUAACCUAUACUACAGACCAACCGAACCAGGUGUGAAGAGUACCGGCCAGUUAAAACUGCUCGUGGUGAAUAACCCGUAUGAAGACACAUCGGUGGAAUUGAUUGGCAAUGCGCUAGCUGACGAGGUUUGUAUACAGGAUUUGCCACAGCUGGAUCCACUUCGCGCUGAAUACAUUCAUGAGGCGCUCAGACGGCGAACCCCCGAAAUAGGCAGCAUGGAAACAGUUUCAUCACUAGCAGAAAACCGAUUCAUCUUUCCCAGCAUUUUGGUUGGCACAGCAGCACGGGCCCGCUUUUGCAUGACCAACCGAGGUAAAGUUCCCGCCGAUGUCACUUUUGAAAUUCGUCCCAUCGGACAUUUGCCUCCCCGUGUCACUCGUCGCCCGGCCAGCCGCGGUAACCGCCCUGCCAGCAGCACAGGAAUGUUUAGCCUGGAAAUGGAACGGACCCAAAUAGACCCAUAUACAUCAACUUACGUGACCGUGACCUUCACUCCUCAAGCAAUGCAGAAAUAUGUGUCAAACUUCCUUGUGUAUUUGGAGAACCCCUCAUCAUCUUCCGUGCAGCCGACAUCUGUAAGAAACGUUAGUGUUGCUGGACAAAAACAGUCAACCACCGGGGUCCCUGUUUUGAAUUUUGAACUGAUCGGCCAAGGUCAUCUUCCAAGCUUAACUAUCGUCGAGCCUAGCGCGCGUGGUCGGCAAGGACAGAUUAUCUGUGCAUUCAAGCGGGUGCAUGUAGGAAGACAAGUGAAAAGACGGCUGUUGCUGAGAAAUUCGGGUGAACUAAAUUGUGGGGUAGCUCAUGAGGCUUCAGCGAUCCAAAUGUACACCGCCAGCAUUCUGAUUCGGCCGGGUAGAGAGUAUCUGUUUAACCUAUACUACAGACCAACCGAACCAGGUGUGAAGAGUACCGGCCAGUUAAAACUGCUCGUGGUGAAUAACCCGUAUGAAGACACAUCGGUGGAAUUGAUUGGCAAUGCGCUAGCUGACGAGGUUUGUAUACAGGAUUUGCCACAGCUGGAUCCACUUCGCGCUGAAUACAUUCAUGAGGCGCUCAGACGGCGAACCCCCGAAAUAGGCAGCAUGGAAACAGUUUCAUCACUAGACUGGGAUGAUAACAAGCAAGUCAUCAAAUGGAUUGACGCGGUUCCUGAUUCUCCCAAGCCCAAACAUAACAAUGCAGAGAAUAGGGGAGGCGCGAUAACCGCGAGUGCGUCCGCCAGUCGCACUAUGCCACAAGAGCAUCCAGUGUCUGAAUACGGAACAACAACCGAAGUAGCAAGACGGAAACGGAAAGUUGUAGAAACUGAACCCGAGCCGCCGUUCACCGAAAUCCCGGAGGUUCCAGAUCCCCAAUCAUUGACACUUCUGGUUUCCGCCGUAGCCGAUUUCGCACGCUUUUCGUGUAGCGCUGACUCUGUCAGUUUUCAAAACACUUUAAUGUUCCAGCGUCGCGUUCAUAGGUUUGAAUUGAGCAACGUCGGAGUGGUCGAUCUUCAUUUCUCAUGGUUAGUGGAGAUGCUAACUAGCAUGCCAUCAUCGAACGAGUCUGAAGUGCCAACCCCAUUACCUGAUAGUGAGGAAACAAAUGUAAAAAGCUGGGAUGUCUCUUUGGUACCAUUCUCAGUGCAGCCUCUCCAUGGAAUAGUGCCACCAGGAAGAAGUAUUUCUGUGGAGGUGGCCUUCAGCCCAUUAGUUGCUGGUAAAUUCGCGGCCCGAUUGCGUGGUAUGUUCGAGAACCUCAGCCCAUUGGAAGCACAUGGGGAAAACACAGGUCCAAUGGUUCAACUGGAGGGCAUAGCUGAACAGCCUUUCAUUCACUUUGACCUUUGUGAAUCCAACUACCUGUUAGGUGGUCGACGGAAUCCGGAUCGUCCAGGACCAGCAGGUCAACCACUAGGAGGCCCACUUGAUCCAGCUACCCGAGUAAUCGAACUAUGGACAAUCGGCGUUGGAACCACCGUUAGCAAGGUUCCUGUUAAAAUUUCGUUCACUGCCAAGGCUGAAAGAUCGAUCAACAUAAAAUUAUUGUGUAAAGUUAAAUACUGCGAACGACCGUUGGCGUUGAACGUCAAAGCAGAAGGCUACUCCAUGUCGAUAUCCGUUUUUGUUGAGUCUGCUAAUGAACAGAAGUCAACGGUUGAAUUACAGCCAUUAUGGACUCCCUGUUUAGGUCUUGAUAUUGACCAAAUUGUGCUGGAAGUGAAUAAUACCAUACAAUCAAACUUUGGCAAAUAUCAUCGCAAAUUUGGAUGCCUGGAUUUCGGUGAACUGGACCCAGGGGAGGUGGUAACGCGGAGAGUGACUGUGCUCAACUGCGGCAAGUUUGGUUGUGACUACGCAUGGAUGUGUUCAGUAAAUCAGGGAAACGUGAUGAAUAAUGCUCAGCUAGAGCUGGCACACAGCUUCUUGUCAGCCGAGCCGGAACAGUCACGAGGUCCUGUUGUGAAAGUUGCUCCUGUGUCUGGAAAUCUGCAGCCAGGGGAGAAUGUCGUUUGUACAUUUACAUUUUCACCCCCAAAACAGCUAUCAAAAUGUCUAACUCAAAAAAUGACUCUCGAUGGUUUAAUUAGUGCCUGCUUGGCUAUUCGGGAGGGACCGGCCUAUGGAUUACAGCUAACUGGUCAUACAUCGGGCAGAUUGUUGGAAUUCUCCACUUCAGUUAUUGAUUUCGGUUCACAACUGGUUUCCAGGCCUGGACUCGAACCGGCCGUACGUUGUCUAACCCUGUCUAACAUCCAUCCGAGUCGCUCCAUAAGUGUAGAAUGCCUAACUCCGAAUUCGGAUGUAUUUCAGCACAGCAUGAGACCCACGGUUCUGCAGCCGAAGGCUAGUGAAUCUCAGGAUGGAAAGACGAAUUCCACCAAUGUUUGCUUCACAUUCACUCCAAAAGCGUGCAAGCAAUAUGAGGAGAGGUUUACCUUCGAAGUGAACGGAUCGACCUUAUAUACGAUCAGAAUACUUGGGACAGGCAUCAAGUUACGAAUUCAACCAGUGAUUGGGCCACUCUUGAUCUUGACCACUAAACCUAACGGACAGCAACGAAGCAUUAAAUAUACAGAGACAAAACCAGACGAAAUGUCAACCGUUGUAGACCUGGGUUCCUUGAGAAAAAAUCAGCAGGCGCGCAGCUGGGACUUGCACCCAUUUCCCCGCCCCUCUNUUCAAGUAAGACUGUGCAACCCUGUUUCGGAAGACUAUCAGCUGGGACUUGCACCCAUUUCCACCGCCCCUCUUCCGAUUGUUUUGGAACCAAAAGUUGGAACAACAAUGGUUGAAGUGACCUUUGAUUCUACUGUCCGAAUACCCCGGUUCACAGCAGAGGUACUUUGCGAACUGGGUAGUGUAGACAGUGGAAAACCACCUUGUCUACCGGCGACUCAAACAACUCUACACCAUCUACCUGUGUUUCGAGUCCAGGGCUACUGCGAAGUGCACGACAUUCGAUUCGAUAUACAGUCGGUCAGUUUCGGACCAGUCGUGUGCGGUGGUCAACUUUCAAAACGGUUGGUUCUCAUCAACUCAGGAGAUUUGGGAGCAAAAUUCCGAUGGGUGGAUAAAACCAUUGGGACCGGGUUGAACAUUGCCCCAAUGGAAGGCUUCAUCGCUCCGAAUACUGAAGUCCCAUUCUCGCUGACCUUGAGACCCACCAAACUCGCUCCAGAAAUACGUUUUGAGGAUGUCACAUGCGAUAUCGAUGGCGUCGGUCCCGUGAAACUAACCGUCACUGGCGCGUGUAUCCCACCUAAGCUAAUCAAGGGUCCGAUACAGUUCGCCACAGCAGUUCGUCAGCAAGAUACGCAGACCGUGAAAAUCGUAAAUCCUACCAAUUACAUGUGGAAACUUCGACCUGUACUGGACGGUCCCUGCUGGUCCGGUGAGCAUGUACUCGAUAUUAAGCCCCAGGAGACAGGUGUGUACAAACUGGUCUACAAGCCAAUGACUAUGACAAGAGAAGAACAAAAACACAAGGUAACAUUCACCAACGAGUCUAGCGGCGAGUAUCAGUUUUGUGAACUAACGUUCAAAACCGUAAAGUCAAAAGUUUUGGAAGUUAUUCGAAUGCGCACUCGGAUUCGAAAGGCCGCCAAAUGUACUAUCCAGCUUCACAACCCACUCAAUGUUCCAGUGACUUUCAACCUUAUCACCAAUGUCCCAGAAGUGCAAUAUCCUAGUCAGUUGCAAGUACCUGCCAAAUGCUCGGUUGAUGCAACACUUGAAUACUUACCACUAUUUGUUGGAACUCAGCAGGGUCGGUUGGAAGUCUCGUGUAAUGAACUGAGUACUGUUGCCUAUACACUCGACUUAGAAGCAUCACCAACCCCAAAGGAACCCGUCGUGCAGUUUGAUGCUCCGCUUGGGCAACGGCAUACACGAACCGUGAGAUUUAUGAAUUACGCCAAGGUCAAAACGGAAUUCACAGUCAGUCUCGAUAACAAGGUGUUUCAUUGUGACAACUCGGUGACCGGAGCAGCAGGUGUGGAAGUUACAGCUGAUGUCACCUUUGAACCGACAACAAUCGGGAAUAGUUCAGGAACAUUGAAGUUGUCUAGUCCACAUGCAGGCGAGUACAUUUUCCCAUUGUGUGGAAUUGCGAAAGCGCCACAACCUCAAGGACCGUUGUCGCUCAGGAGGAAAGAAACUGUUCAUGUAAACUUUCGCAAUGUGUUUGAUGCAUCUAUGCUGUUCUCGUUUCAGGUUGACAACAUCGCGUUUCGUCUGACCAAAGAAAGUGAAGUGUUGCGGCCAAAAGAAGACUAUCAAAUACCCGUUUGUCUCAAUAGCGACGCAACGAUUAGUGCACCUGUCACUGGAAAACUUGUUAUCACUUGUAUUGGCACAGAACCAGUAGAAUCGGACCCUGGCCGAACGGAACCUGGUCAAGAAAACGAAUCUGCCGUUUCGACACGGAUUUCAAAACCAGAGCCGGGAGAAGGAAUACAAUGGAUUUAUUAUCUCCGUGGUUUGCCGCAAUGAAGUGGUUGUGAUUCUUAGUUCCCCAACUAUGCGCUUUUCCUACAUUUAUAGGCGAAUCAGCGAAAAACAUCAGGUGUCCAUUGAGUAUAUUUGUAAUAAGUGAAUAAAAAGCAUGUAAUUAAUGGGUCGUGACCGGUGUCAUACUUGGGUGCAAGUCUGUUGUCUAUCUGUAUGGGUAUUCUGGGUGUCCCUUCAAC